GUAAUUUGUUUUUAUUAUUAAAAUUUUUAAAUCUUUUUUAAAUUAAUAUGCCUAAGGAAAUUCAGGAUGUUAAGGUAUUCCUUUCACUCAUGAAGGGUAGUGAAGCAUAAGGCAAAGACCAAAAUAAAGAACCAAAAAAGAGUAGAAAUUUUAUCUAAUUUUUAUAGAUCUUUAUAUUAAAGAGUCAAAGAAGAUCACCAAAUUCAAGUUGAGAGGAAAGAAAUAUCUCUUUACCUUCAAAACUGCUGAUAAGAAUAAGGCCUAAAAAAUUCAAUAAACACUUCCAUAAAGUAUUUAACCUAAUUCACAAUUACUUAGAUGUCAAUAAAAUUGUUAUUGGUGCAGGUGGAAAGAAACAAUAAACCAAAAAGAAGUAAAAGAAAUGAAUGCUGAUUUAUUACAUAUUCAAUAGUACAUUAUCUAUAAUUUAUUUAAUU